UAAUUUCUAUUUUUAGAUAACCAGAGAAUUAGACUGAUUAUACGAAUGAUCAAUAAACUGUUAGUUUGCUUUUAGGUAAAAUAUUGCUCAGUUUAUGCCCGGUAUAAAAAAUAAACAUGUAAAAGGCGUUGAUUAUAUAUUUGAUUUUUUUAUUUACAUAGGAGUAGAUUGAUGAGAAUCUAGCUUCAGAUAAAUCAAUACAUGACAUUUGUCUGUAAGUUCAUUUACUGUAAACUUGAACCAUCUCGAAGUAUUUGAACUUUUCGAUUCGAGCUCAAAUAGUACUCGUAAACAAUGAUUGGGGACAUUGGGUGACAUGACUCAAAAUUGGCCAUGUUACAUUCGUUCUUUACCUUUCUCUAAAUGUUUGACUAAAUAAAGUGCAUAAUUUCGCAUCAAUAAUGCGUAUCUAUCCCUUCUGUAAGGUAUUCAAACCUAAAUGAAUUUUGAUUUUAUUGUCCAUCAUAUGCCUCACAUUUUGUUGAUUUCUUUUCAUCUCUCAGAAGUACUCUAUGUGUAAAUUAAAUCAAUGUUUCAUUGUAUCAGAUCUUAUAUUGUCCAUGAAUAAUCAACCGAUUGUGUUUCAUCAUAUCACACAGUAUAUAAAUUAAUUCCACAUCUUGUUUGUAUAAUAAAUUCUGAUUAUAUUUUAACUUUUGUUUUCUGGAAAAUAUUUGAAUGAAUAACAUGUAAAGUGACCAUAAGGAAUAAUUUUUAAAAAAUAAACACAAAACAAACUGUGAUUUAGAUCAUAAGAUUGUCAUUCACGGUGUCCUUAGUCAUAACAAACUUAGAGAUUAAAAGAAGAUGAGAUAUUGGAAAUAAAAAUGAGGCCACAAAAUUUCACUGCUUACCCAUAAAUCUUCAAUAACAAAACAACUAAAUGACCUAACUUCAAAAGUAUGUCCUUUAUAAUUAUGAUAAAUACUUUGAUUGUUGAAACACAGACUAAUUUAAUCCAUAAUGAAGGUAAUAUAUAGAUAUACAUUUCAAAAGAAAACAUACAAACAAGAGAUUCAUCUGAGAAAAAAAAAGAAAAACCAUGACAAUCACGAAAUGAUCUCAAAAAUUAAACAUAUCGACAUUUCAGUGAUGAACACAUUAUCAGCAAUAUCUAUUUAAUGCUAACGGAUUAGCAAAAUUGCCGAAGAAGUGUAGAAAGAUAUAUGACCUGGCUAAGAUGUAGAAAAAAGAACAAAACAACAACAACAACAAUCACUUCAACAUUUCCAUUAAAAUUAAAAAACAAAAAAGAAAUCAAGUAGAAAUGCGUUCAGUGUUUGCUAAAAAAUCUAAAACGAAAUUCAAUCCCAAAACAAAAAUUGAAUCAACCAUAGAAAAUGAAUUAAUGUUAAAAUCAGAUGAGAAAAAUUUCACAGAUGAACAAAAUGAUAAUUUACACAAACAUACAUUGAAAAGUAAGACUAUCAAAAAUAACUCCCUUGAUAAAAGAAAAUCAAGUGCUAGUUUCAAAUCAUCAUCUGAUGUUUAUAUACGUCGUGGAUUAGGUGUAUCAGUAACUUUUGAAUCAACAUUACCAACACAAAUAUGGCAAGCAUCACCAAGUCCUUCACCACCAUUAAGUGAACAAAUAAAAAAUGAUGAAAAUAAUCAAGUUAAUAAAAAUUCUACACCCUCUUCAUCAAAUUCACAGAGUUAUGAAUUAUCUAAUGAAAGAAUUCGAAUCAGUUAUAAGAAUCGUCAUGGAAGUUUAAAUGAUAUUCAUGAAUGUGAUGAUAGUAGUGAUGAGACAAAUCCAUCUCGUUUGAGUUAUCCUUCGUUAAGUAGUUGUACUAGCAGUGAUGAAACAACAACUAGUCAAGAAAGAUUAAGUCAUCGUUUAAGUAGUAGUACUUCAGAUAGUAGCUCCAGUUUAGAUUUACGCAUAUUACCAAGUAAUGGAACACAUUCCACACAGAAAAUUAAUGAAAAACCUCACAAAGGUAAAAAAGAUAGGGAAAGUGAGCGAUGUUCAAAUCGUAAGGUUGUUAAUGAAAAGCGUCGUCAAUAUAAAUCACAAGGUCUGAGUAGCAGUAGUACAAGUAGUGAAGAAGAAGAUUUGGAAGCAUAUGGGUGGGACGAAAAAACGAUUUCUGCUUUGACCAGCAGAAGUAAGACUAGCAAGACAUGUCAAACAACCACUUCCAAGGGAAAAUCAGAAAAAUGCCUAAAGAAUGUAAAUGAAUCCCUUACAAGUCCGAAAAGAGCAUCAUCUUACCAAAAAUCUGACUUGCGUUGGAAACCAGAUAUGGGACUGGCAAAAUUAAAGCUUUCUUCUCCUGUAAGGAUUUGCAAUCAAUUUCAUGUAGAUUCACCUAUUAUUUAUCCUCAAACAUGUAUAGUAUCCCGAAGGUUAAACUCCACUAUCCAAUCUAAUUGUCCAAACACGACGAGUUUUACUUUACAUCCUUUUACAUUGCCUACCAACAGCUUUGUACAAAAUUCUUCUCUAACCAAUAACGAACUACUAGCAGUUGUGAAUAUUGAUUUUCGACCCUCAGCAGAGUGGAAAGAGAGAUACAAACUACUAGGUGUUCGUCAGGGGGAGUAUGUUUGUGUUUUGAAUCAAAGUUUAUCAAGUCCAACAAUUACUAAUUCUGUGAAUGGAAGAAUGAAAUCUACACAUGCUCAGCAGAAAGUAAUGUUCCCAUUGACAGAGAAUAACUUUUGGUUAUAUGUACGUAGAUGGUGUGUUGAUCACCUAGUAGCUACAGGAACACCAGGAUACAUUCCUCGCCAAACCUGUAGAGUUUUAUCGAACUGUGAGAUUACUAGUCUGAGGUGUGCAAGUCAGAAAGCAAAAUCAACGUGGGAUAGAAAUUCAAACAACUUCAUAUCAUCGAAUGAUUCCCAAACGAAUAACACUCCUAUACAGAAACAUGUAGUAAUGCAGACAAAUGAUGAUUUUAGACUAACAAAACAAGCAUCAAAUAAAGAGUUGACAAACAGAAGUUCUCACUCUAAUCCAACAUGUUCUAACCAAGUGACUGUAAUGUUUACUACGCAUCUUGAUAAGAGAAAUCCCAUGUAUUCAUUACAAAACUUUACACCAGAUACAUCACAAAACUUCCUGCCACCCCCACCCCCAGGUUUCGGUUCCGGUGGAUCAAUAGGCUCGGAAACAGAAGACAAGGACUCUGGAAGGGGUCCCAGUUCAGGUUCAGAGUGGGGGAGUGGUCGUGGAGGUAGUUCAAACAUAACACUAGAUCGGUCUAUAGUUGAACAUACCUCAAGUGAGGUGGGAUUGGACUAUCAAGGUUCACAAUCAAACAGACGAUCGAGAAAUGUUAAAAGUGCUGAGGAAUCUCAGCUUGGGUGGUAUGCGCCUACAGGAUUAGAAUGGUCGGAUCGAAACUUUCAUCCAGGUGAAGAAUCUCUAUCCCGUGACUCGGCGUUUCAAAGCCCUAAUACAGAUAAUCUAGCACCAUCACUACAUAUUACAGAAGUAAGUCAAUCUGCUGCAAAUAAAAAUUCUCCAAUCGAACAAGCAUACCCACCAUCUGCAAUAACUCUAACGACUAUUACCGGAAACACUCCUGUUCUAGAAAUGAGGCACAAUGGGACCCCGACCCUGUGUUCCCGGGGACUUCCUUCAGUAUCAACAACAGAUAGUUUAGCCACAAGUACAACCACUUGUACUACAGUGGUCGAUAUAAGAGAAGGGCAGGAUGAGCAUACAAAUAACCCCAGAGCUGGUCCAUCAACUAAAUAUCGAGUACCAACGCCUGAUCCUUCAUGUUGGGAACCGUAUAAAACUGUAAUUCAUGUGAAUGAAACUAGUCUUGAAAAAUUUACUUUAGUGUAAAUAUAAAUAAAGUAGCAAUCAUUUUAAAAUAUAAUGAAUUAUCAGAGUGCAAUUAUCUCGCUUACAUUUCCAAAUAACAGAAUACAUUCAAUCUAUUUAUCACCCAUAAGCGGAUUUCAAAGGGAAAAAUCUCAAAAAACGAAACAAAUCAGAAUCAACUGUGUUUAUUACUAGAUAAUUUUCAUUUGUGUUUGAUGAUCUAAUUAUCACUGGGAUUGCUGAUCUGAUGAUCACAUGUAAAUAAAAAAGUUUUUUUCGUUUUGUUUCAGUAAUAAAGACUUUAACUUCGAACAAAUUAUUCAUUCUAAAGUCAGUAGGUCAAUAACAACAGAUUAAAAUUAAUUAAAAAACACAGCGCAUCCCACUGACAAUUCAACAGUGCUUCUUCACCCUCAUUACACCUCGUCAGUAAUUAACCUAGUACUUGUUCUGUUUUAUUAUGAACUGAAGAAGCUAUAUCAAUCUUAACAGAAGCUCAAUUUUGAUAAGCUAAUUUUGUUGUGCCAUUGUUAUAUUAAUGUGGUUUAAUCAUUCAACUUUAGGCUACUGGUUCAGGUGUUUGGAAACUGCCGUUUCUAAUCUGAUUGGAGGAGCCAGUUAGUACAUCUACCUUUCUCAUGACAAUAAUGGUUGAUAGACUUUAUACUAAUCUAUUCCUGGAUUAAUAAGAAACUUUUGGACUGAGAAUAUUUUAGAGUUGUUUCACUUAUUACAAUAAAUAAGAUGUUUUUAGUCACAUUUU